AUGGGGAAGCUGCUCGCGGCCAUGCGCGCGGAGGUGGAAAAGGUGCACGCCGGCGGCGGCGGCGAGGCGGUGCGGCGCCACAGGGCGCGCGGGAAGCUGCUGCCUCGGGAGCGCAUCGACGCACUGCUCGAUGAGGGGUCCCCAUUCUUGGAGUUGUCACCCCUCGCCGGCGACGCGGGAGGGGGGGGGGCGGCGCCGCCGCUGUCAGGCGUGGGGGUUGGUGGCGCAGACGCCGCUGGGACGUCAGGUGCAAAGGACCACGUCCCAGCCGGCGGCAUAAUCACCGGGAUUGGCCGCGUGCGGGGCCGCCUGGUGGCUGUGGUGGCCAACGACGCGACGGUCAAGGGCGGCACCUACUACCCCAUAACGGUCAAGAAGCACCUGAGGCUGCAGGAGGUGGCAGCUUCCUGCCGGCUUCCCUGCAUCUACCUUGUCGACUCUGGGGGCGCCAACCUCCCGCGCCAAGCAGAUGCGCGCAUGUCUGCGGAGGGCAUCCCGCAGAUCGCGGUGGUGCUGGGCUCCUGCACAGCCGGCGGCGCCUACGUGCCGGCGAUGAGCGAUGAGGCCGUCAUAGUUAGGGGCAACGGCACCAU